UGCCACGAGCCGUCAGUGGUGAAGAAGCUAGAGCCGCGGUUUAUCUUGUAGGGAGGCUUUAGUUUAAGCUGGUCCUUUAGCAAGCGAAGAGCGUCGCUGAUUCGAUUUAAACAGUGUAUUCAACAGUGAGGCAUAGUGAUCAUUCGGGUAGGCGUUCACCUCAGAAUGACUAAAAUCGUAACAUAUCAGCUAGUCAGUCUAGCCAUCAUGCUAGUUGCGGUGGAAUGUUCUUCCACUGCUGAAUGUCCAACGCCAUCCACGGUGGCGACCUGUACGCCCAAGUGUUCCACCGAUCAGGAUUGCGUAUCGAUCCAGGGUAAGUGCUGCGCCAACGGUUGUAAUCAGAAGUCGUGCAUUGAGUAUACCAAGCUGGCAAACCCCGAUAAGUUUACUUCUGAUGUGGGCACGUAUUGCGGUAACAUCAAAUGUAAUCCGUUCGAAAAAUGUGAAAUCGAUCGAGCCACUAAGCGUCAGAAGUGUGUUCGUGCCUAGCUGCUGAUGAUUCGGAUGACUUUACCAUGC